AUGGCGUCUGCUGCUAUGUUGGACAGACUUUGGCAGGCCGUGGAGCGGGGUGACGGUGAGCGGGUACGGGACCUGUGCGCCAGGGGACGGCUGGACGUGAACGGGGUCCAUUCUCCCGGCGACCGGGACGGACUGGGGUGUGAGGACACGCUACUGUGCAGGGCCGCCGAACUCGGGCAUAUCAACAUAGUGAAAACGUUGGUUUCAGCCGGUGCGAAGGUAGAUCAACCAAGUGUGGUGGGCACCCCGCUAUCCAGGGCCAUCUCUAGAGGACAACUCGCGACGGCCAAGUUUCUCUUACAGGGCCUGCGAGCCGAUCCAAACGCCCGGGACAGGUGUGGACACUCCCCGCUCUACAGCGCCGUUGCCCUGCGGUGGUCGGCUCCGUACGUCCGCCUGCUGGUGGACCACGGGGCCGACGUGAACGGUAGAUGCCCGUCGGGGUCGUCGCCUCUCCACUGGGCUAUCGUGGGGAAAGACCGAGACACGGUGGAGAUACUGAUCAAGCACGGCGCGGAUGUGGAAAGUGUUGGAUACAGCGGGUUUAGCGUGCUGCACUGGGCGGUUAGAGCGAGAAACACAGCCGCAGUGGUCAUGCUCUUGGAAGCCGGAGCGUCGCCUAACUGUCAAGACAUGUUCGGAGAAACGCCACUCCAUUGGUCAGCGAGACAGAACAAAACGGACAUCCUGCUCCUAUUGGUCGAAAGUGGGGCAAAUAUGCAAAUAAGGAACAAGUUUGAAGAGCGGCCGUACAACGUGGCGUUGCCAGGCAAUAUGGAACUGAUCAAAGUACUGAUGGUGAAAAUGGCGCGAGGUCAGAUAGGGGGAUCCCCGCGUUGCCUGGAUACGGUUGCCAGGUUACCGAAGUUACGGCUCCCGAGGCUCAAUACAAGUUUUAAUAGCAAGAAUUUUUGGGUUCCCCCGACGAGCCAGCACAGAUAUAAAACACCAACUUUAUUUAAGACAGGACGAGAGAAGAGCCGAGAGGGUACCAGCCCUUCUGUAUUUGACAGGACCCUCAUGUUUUGA